AUGGAAAACAUUGUCCCUGUCUAUGUGACAGAGUUGACAGAGGCAAUGAGCCUCUCCGAAAUUCUGGAACAGGGAAUUCUGAAGCCUUCUGUUGCAUCGCUUGACGGGGCAUGGCGAUGCGAUAAAUGCGGCGCUCAUGGUUGCGGUUAUCGAUAUACAAAGUUUCUACGGCCACUAGGCAAGGGAUUAAUCGUUCACAUUAACAGGAUUUAUCAAUUUGAGAGAAAAAGCGAUCAAAAGAUAAAGAUCUCAAAAAAGAUUCACGUCCGAAACUCAGUUCUUUCCCUUCGUGCAGUGGUGGAGCAUAUUGGAAACUCUUUAGGCGGACAUUAUAUCUGCUAUCGUCGACUUGCAAACGGUCGGUGGGCAAUGACCUCCGAUGCCACUGUCAAGUAUAUGCGUGGUCCACCCUCAUCGCUGGAACCGUAUCUUCUUCUAUAUGAACCUGUAGCUUAA